AUGCGGUUCCUCCACCUUGCUGCCACCCUCGCUUUGGCCGUCCUCGGCACCGCCUGGCCAGUCGAAGACACUGUUCCUCCCGCAAUCGUCAACAUGACGGCUCAGCACCCCAGCAGCAUUCGCGAAGAUCUUCCAAACUAUCACAUGCUUGAACUCUUCACCGAGCCUUAUAAAUCAGGAAUGAUGUACUACAUUGAUCGAAUCAUGGUCAAGUACGCAACGUGUGUGAACUGGCUGGAUGUAGACCAGGUGGGCGGUAUCACUUCCCUUGAGUCCUACAAGAACCAGCAAGGCCUUGUCUACUACUGCCAGAUGUACAAGUGA